UUUACUGUCAACUCUUAUUAAUACGUGCCGUCUCAUCUCUACAUUUCUCUAGUGUUAGAGACUUUUAGAGAAAUAGAGACAACGCCAAAAAUACCUUUCUUCAUUCAUCCGCUUCCACCAAAAAUGGCGGCCAAUGCCUCAUUCGCCACCGCAUUAACCAUAAUUUUUUCCCUUCUCUUUGCCGUCACGGCGGAAGAUCCGUACAGAUUCUUUAACUGGAACGUCACAUACGGUGACAUCUACCCACUCGGCGUUCGUCAACAGGGUAUUCUGAUCGACGGGAAGUUUCCCGGACCGGACAUUCACUCCGUUACUAAUGACAAUCUCGUCAUCAACGUUUUCAAUAACCUCGACGAACCUUUCCUCCUUUCAUGGAAUGGGGUCCAGCAGAGGAGGAACUCGUACGUGGACGGAGUGUACGGAACGACAUGCCCAAUACCACCGGGGAAGAACUACACUUACAUGCUUCAGGUGAAGGAUCAGAUCGGAAGUUUCUACUACUUCCCUUCUCUCGCUUUCCACAAAGCCGCUGGUGGAUUCGGUGGCAUCCGUAUCCUCAGCCGUCCUAGAAUCCCCGUCCCUUUCCCUGAUCCCGCCGGAGAUUACACUGUUCUUAUCGGAGACUGGUACAAGUCCAAUCACACGGAUUUGAAGGCAAAGCUUGAUAGUGGCAGGAAGCUUCCUUUACCAGAUGGUAUCCUCAUCAAUGGCCGUGGAACUGGUGCCACUCUCAAUGUUGAACAAGGUAAGACAUACAGGCUGAGAAUAUCCAACAUAGGGUUACAACACUCACUCAACUUCCGCAUUCAAAACCACAAAAUGAAAGUGGUCGAAGUCGAAGGGACUCACACUCUUCAGACUACCUUCUCUUCUCUAGACGUUCACGUUGGUCAGUCUUACUCAGUCCUUGUGACUGCUGACCAGCCUGCACAUGACUAUUACGUGGUGGUCUCUUCUCGGUUCACCUCCACUGUCCUCACCACCACUGGUGUUCUCCGUUACAGCGGCUCUUCCGGUGGUGUCUCUGGUCCUAUCCCUGGUGGACCAACCAUUCAGAUCGACUGGUCCUUGAACCAGGCUCGAGCCAUCAGGACUAAUCUUACAGCGAGUGGACCAAGGCCUAACCCACAAGGAUCAUACCACUACGGUAUGAUAAACACCACAAGAACCAUCAGACUUGCUAGCGCUGCCGGUCAGGUCAACGGGAAGCAAAGAUACGCCGUGAACAGCGUAUCGUUUAAGCCAGCAGACACUCCUCUGAAACUCGCUGACUUCUUCAAGAUCGAUGGUGUCUACAGAGUUGGAAGCAUACAGAGCCAACCCACUGGUGGUGGAAUAUACCUAGACACGUCUGUUAUGCAAGCAGACUACAGAACCUUUGUGGAGAUCGUUUUCGAGAACCCUGAGAAUAUAGUCCAGAGCUGGCAUCUAGAUGGUUACUCUUUUUGGGUUGUUGGAAUGGACGGUGGUAAAUGGAGUCCUGCUAGUAGAAACGAGUACAAUCUACGCGAUGCAUUAGCUCGCUGCACCGUUCAGGUAUAUCCGAGUUCAUGGACGGCUAUAUACAUAGCACUAGACAACGUAGGGAUGUGGAACCUAAGAUCCGAGUUUUGGGCAAGGCAGUACUUAGGACAACAGUUCUAUUUACGUGUCUACACAACUUCCACUUCUCUCAGAGAUGAAUUCCCAAUCCCUAAGAACGCUCUUCUAUGUGGUAGAGCUAGCGGUCGUAGCACCAGACCGUUUUAGAGCUAAGGAGAUGGUCAAUUAAACCAGCUGAUUCAGUUUGUAACGAUCUCAGCUCGAGGUCUCAAUUGUUAUUCUUUUUAAAAAUAAUAUCUAGAGUGAAACUUUAUUCUAUAUAUAGUUAUAUAGUUCUGUUGUGAGUCUUA